UUUUCUAUCUUUGUCUGUCCAGGAACGCAAGAGAGGGUAGCAUUGUUGACUGGUCCAGUGGAAUCUCUCAAUAAUGUAGCAGUAUUUAUUCUUGAUAAGAUCAAGGAAUCCCCACAACUAGGAGUCAAGGCAGGAGCAGAAACCAUUACCUCACCAGAAAGAGCAAGACAGGUAAAGAUAGUUGUACCCAACAGUACAGCAGGGCUUAUAAUAGGUAAGGGUGGAGCCAUGAUCAAAUCCAUAAUGGAACAAAGUGGUUCCAGAGUGCAGAUCUCACAGAAGUCUGAUGGCAUCACCCUGUCAGAGAGAGUCAUCACAAUAUCUGGAGAGAGUGAUAACAACAGGAAGGCGAUGUCUUUCAUAGUCAACAAGAUCCAGGAGGAUCCCCAGAGUGGUAGCUGUAAUAACCUCAGUUAUGCCACUAUUACAGGUCCUGUAGCCAAUGCUAAUCCCACCGGUUCUCCUUUUGCAGAGGGGGUCUCACCUACAGUGGCUAACAACAUGGCCGCUGCAGCAGCAGCAGCAGCAGCAAUGGGCAAACCACAGGUCUCAGUGGCUGGCCAGACCUUAUCAGCAACUGCCCUUCCUCAUCCCAUCGGUGGUGGGCUGACCAUUCCUUCCAUGAUGCUCAGCUCGAGGAUUCCCACCAGUCUAGCAGCUCCUGUCCCCAGCCAAACAGAUACCUCCAAUUUAUGCAGUGCCAUGAGCAACUUUGCAGCAUACAACUAUCCAGGUCUAUCCUCCAUUGGCAAUUUUCAAGGUCCCUUUGGUGCCACAAGCCCAUUAUUAGGUGCCACAGCUCCAAUCCAGGCAGCCCCUCAGAUGUUCUCAUCAGGAUUGCUAGGAUCCUACCAAGUAGCUACCACCAUGAGUCCUUCCAGCAAAACAACUCUGUCCAGUCCAUCUCCCACCAGUACCGCCGAUUCACCCUACUCAACCAAUGGUAGUACAAUGGGUAUUUCCAUCCCCAGUGCCCCUGAGACCAUGGUGCCUGGACUUCCAAUGAUGCCACUUGGUGCCACCAUGGCUGGCUUCCCUUCUAUGGGUGGAAUCACGAUGGCAGCCGACCCACAGAAGGAAUCAAUCCUGGAGAGCGAGGUGCCGGAGACCCUAGUUGGUGCUAUUUUAGGGAAGGGAGGUAAAACGCUAGUGGAAUUCCAGAAUCUCACCGGGGCCAAAAUCCAAAUCUCCAAGAAGAAUGAAUAUGUUCCAGGCACACGCAACAGACGGGUAACGAUAACUGGUCCAGUCACAGCAGCUCAGAACGCACACUUCCUGAUAAUGCAGCGGUUGGCCCAAGAGGAGCAGAAUAGAGCCUUGAAGGGUACUACCUAAAAAUCAAUUUAGUGAAGAGUCGUGCCUCACUCUCACUCACUAGAAAUCUUUCUUAUUCACCAAAGCAUCUUGGAUGACCAAGAUUUACCAUAGUAAUUAUAUAACAAGGAAAGUGUGCCUUGUGUGUGGAAGACAUUUACAGAUAGGCAGGAUGAUCAUAGUCAUGAAAUCACUCAUUUUUAUGAGAAAAAGAGAUAAGAAGGAAAUCCAAAUCAGGAAAUUGAGAUCUUUCUUUCAAUCUUUCAGUUCGAUCAGUGAGAUUUUGAACUCAUGGAACAAUUCUAGAGACUUACCAAUUGCAUAUGUGAGAAAGAAAUUAAGAAUGAUUUGAAGAAAUUUUCUCAAUUCCUUGAGGACAGCAAUUGUGUCUUUGAUUAAUUUUUGUUGCCUUGUUAGUCUCUACACAUUGUGAUUUCACUCUAAUCAUGGCGUUUUGUGCUGCUCGAGCGAGGACCCGCCCGCCCGCUGGUUAUAUUUUUGGAUGUGCAGUUGAUUUACGAAGGGGAGAGUGCAUAGACAAGUAGUAGUGUAAGUAUUCAUAUGUUGUAUAUUGAAUAUCUGAUUGAUGCUUCCUCCAUUACUGAGAAAGAAAACAGAUUAUUUUGUGAUUGUGUUCUUUGUACUUUGAUUCUUCUCUGAUCAGAAAUUCUUCCCAGAGAAUCUUUCUUCUUUGGUCGAUGAUAGACCUAGAGACCAUCGAUCACUACUGGGACUAAGCAAUAUGGUGCUGGAUUUGAUUAUUGUAGUUGUUAGAUUUGGGGGAUGGGUUUUUUGAAAUUCUUGUUAAUGAUCAACGAUGAUUUGAUUUCUUUUCUCAUUUGUCUACCAAUUAAUUUAUUGAUUUAUGUUGUCAUCCUUCAUUUUAUUUUAGUUCAACCAUGUGUAUUUGCAACUCUUUCAUGUAGACUUUAGUAAACAGAAGCAAAAGCCUUUUGUUUGUAUUUUUAUCCAUAAGAAUUUGUUUCCUGGGGGAAUUCUUUAAAUCUUGAGGGAGUGUCUAGGGUUGAUAUUCAUUGGGAAAAUACCAAGAAAUGGAGAAAAGAAAUGUUAACGAUGAACGCUUCCAAACGACCCAGCCUUCACAAAGCAACAUCUCUCACAUGUGCUCACAAAUCCUCAACUCCAAACUUCAACUUCAGACUGUAUUAACAACAUGUAUGCAUGCUGCAUUCCUUGUGGGAAUAAACAAUUCCUGACUCAUUUACGUUGUACAUCUUGUCCGUGUACGACUUGCUACGUACAGAGACGAAAACGUCGUUCUUCUACACCUUUAUUUUUCUCCAGACAUUAUUACCUUUGACAUUUCAAAACAUCUUGUAUUUGUUAAGCACCUUUUAUUUCAAGACUGUAAACACUUCCUUUGAAACUAAGCAUCAAUAUGAUUCUUGUAAACAGUCUGAUCAUUAUUCAUCUGUAAUGCUUUAUUCUUCAAAUCACUUGGCUCUCCAACUUUUAAGGAUUUAGAUCUCUAUUUUCUACCGAAUGUAUUUGUGUGUUACUGAUCCAGCAAUUAUAAUCCCACCUAUGUUUAUUUUCUUCAUUACGAAAUCAAACUCAUUUUGGGUCUAAACUUGUCUAUUUUUUCUGCUUUCACUUUUAGUGUCAUGUGAUAAAUUUUGCAUUAAUCUUGGUAAUUUUAUGCAUUCACAAAGCAUGUACUAUACAAGGCCAAACCUUUGCAUCUUCUAUUCAAUUAUGAUUUGGGUGCUCACUACAUUAUUGUUUACAUUGAGACAAAUGCAUAUUGUCUUCUGAAUAAAGAGGAAAAUGUUUUAAAUGAGUACAGUUCAAAAAUGGCUUUUCAUUCAAAGGUAUGUACCUUAGGAAGAGUGCUUUUGUGGAAUAGCUGUCUCUAACGAUCGAAAGACCUUGUCCAAAUUGAGCUCCCUUCCUGUAUGGUGAGACCCAGUGUUAGUUUGGCCAAGGUGCUAUGUUUAAAGCAAGGUCUUGUUAUACAUGCGUUGUGAAUGCAGGUUUAUGUAAUAACAUCUCGGUAAAUAUAUGCUGCAUUUGAUUAGACCAUGAUUCAAACCUUUGUGGAAGUAGUACUAAGACUUAGUAAAAUAUCAUUUUGUAUGUGACCGGAAGGUAUUGGUAUGUGCAUUCUAACAGGAUAUCUGACUCAAUCGUGUCAUUGGACUCAACAUGUCACCCUUGCUACUUAACCAAGUUUCAUAGCUUAAAAAUUGCUUUUCACUUUGUUUUUUCAGUGUUUCACUCUCUUUCAAAAUACUUUCAUAAUCUAUACCAAACAUAUUUCAGUCACUUUCAGGGGGCAUAUGACCAAUAGAGUAUAAUAUAUAUCUAUAUAUAUAUCUAUUAAUGCAUUUUGUUGCUUUUGUCGUCCAUGUAUAGUGAGAUAAUUUUCUAUGAAUAAAUCUAGACAAGAUAACUUCAAACAUUACAUGCAUGUUGUUGACUUUGUAUAUUCAUUUUAUUUAAUCAUGGAAUCACUCUGUCACACUUGCUUUAUAUGCACACAACAGAAUUUAACCUACACCUUUUUGCUUCUGUUAGGAUGAGUUCAAAGAGAUUGUUUCCCCCCUGUCCUUACCCAGUCAUUUCCAAUAGCCUUUCAGUAUUGGGGACAAUGAUUGUCAAAUAGGUGCUUUUACACUCAUGGUCAUCUGCACUUACCAUACCAUCAGGGCUACUACACAUACGUUGCAUAAAAAGUCAUUCAAAUAGUCAUUACUAUGUUCUAAUAUUUCCCCUCCCAUGAUUAUGUUGAUCAUGUAGAGUAGAUAAUUUGCUUCCCUUGUAUAAUACUUCGUUCAUACACAAUGUUACAUUUUCUUGUACUCAGUAUUUUAGCAGUUUGCUUUAGUCAUUAUCCUUCAAUUGAAGUGCAUGGUUGUUCAAUCUUGCCCAAAUUUGUUUAUACUCUUAAUAUAAAUUUAGGAACAACAAACCUUGGGUCUUUUAGUGAAGUCAAGCGAUGUUAAAUAUGGCUUUGAUAUUUUCUGCCAAAAUAAGAAGAAAAAAGAAUAGACACUUUUAAUGAGUGAUUUAUUCUUACUUAAUAACCUAUUGGUGCUGACACAUCAUUUUUUUUUUUUUUUUUUUGGGGGGGGGGGAGAGGUUGUAUCCAUUUAUCAUCAACUCAUUUUGGAACUAGAAUUGAACAUCCACAUCACAUCAUUGGAAGGUAAUCGACCAUGAAAAUACAUGUAUUGACAUUGUUGCUUGGUGAUUUGCUACCCUUAAUGGUAUUUUUAUCAUGAAGUCUGGUUAGUUUGUUGCUUCAGAUGGUAUAAAAAAAAGAAAGAGGACAAGAUUGCACAUAUGGAAAAACAGGCAACAGACUUUGACCAUACUUUGGGUAACAGAUAAUGAUGUUGACUGACUGAUAGAGUAUAUUUAAUAACACUGGGAAUGGUUGAAGAUUAACAUAGACCUUGUUAAUCAUUAACUUCUAUUGUCAACAAUCACUAACCAAGCCAUAUGAGUGUGUGGUAUCCAUUCUCUUAAUGUAUAUGUCUAUUAUUUCAUGCUUUCCCACCCAAACCUUAUAGAUCUUAGAGCAUAAAAUUCAACUUAUUUGUGUACAUGUUGUGUAAUGUGUUAUCAUGCCAAUGUAUACAUGAUUUGUUUUUUUUUCUUUCAAAGCCUUGUCACCAUGCACAUACUAACCCUCCCAAUCAUUUCAGGUGUACUUUGUAUUAUCAUAUUUGUUAUGCAUUUUGUUUCAAGCAUUCAAUCAUGUUCAAGUAUACAUGGAUAUACCAAAGUUGUCAGGAGCACUGACAAAUCUUCCAGAGCUUCUUUUAAAACAAAUGUAUGCUCUAUUUGAAAGUUGUGUUUUUAUUUUAUGUGAAACAGAAAAAGAGAGUAUAUAUCUUCCAGUAAGCAUCUUGACAAAAAAGAGCAUUAUCUUAUCAUAAACACCUUUUUAUAAUUUAGGUUUCUUUCCUUGAUUGAUCACUUUUAAGAAAGAACUGUAGGCCAUGAAUUUAGAUGCGGCAAAGUUUGUUCAUUUUCUUUCACUCAGAAAAUGUAUUGUUUGUGUAACUUUGAUUUAUACUUUGUAUAUUUCAGACAAUUAUUACAUCUUGACUAUCCCACCAAUUUUUUCUUAGUGUGGAAAAUAUGACAACUCAUCUUGUUUCUUUGUCUUAAGAAUAGAAAAUUAUAUUUUUAUGAUGAAAGAAGUAUAUUUAAGCAAAUGAAUUAAUAUAAAGUAUUUGUUUUAGGAUAAAUUUGAUGAAGGAAAUUCAUUUUGUCGUAUCCAGUAUAUUGUGUGUUAUAAUCAUUUCAACUGCAUGGUAAGUGUAAAAUCAUUUCCACUGCCAUAAGAAAAUGCAAAAGUUUAUGAUAAGUUUCUUACAAAUUCAUGAUUAUUUUAAGGUUAACGACUCGAAACAAAUCAUGACGAUACAUUAUUUCAGAUACUGCUUUAAGAUUUGUCCCUUUUUAUCUUCCUUUUACAGCAAUUUCGUGCAGAUAUAUAAUCUCCAAGAAUAUUUUGUAUUGUGCUUUUUCAAAAAACGACUUCUUCUGCUUUAAAUUACUUAUAUUCUCAGAAAGGGAAUAAUCCAAAUUUGUACAACUUCUAUUUGAAUGAUAAGUGCCUGAGCAAAACUUUUUUUUUUGACAGGGGUGCAUUGAUUAUGUCCCAAACCCCUUUUGUGGCUUCCCUAUUAUUAAAAGGGGGUUAUUAUAUAUGAAGAAAGAAUCAUUUGCUUUUGCAGUGCAUAUCAUUACUAUGUAUUUGUGAAUCUGUCAACAUCAUCAUAAAGCAUGAUUGGUGCAAGUUUGUAGCUCAUUUUAUAUCGGUUAAAAUCCACCGAAAAAUAGUUGAUAUCGAACGAGAUGAUUAGAUAAAUCUUCUGUUUUGUUGUAUUUACGUAUACAUGUAUAGAUCUAUAUACAUAUAAAUAUAUAUAUAUUUCUGAUGACAGUUUUUUUCUGUGUAGGUUUAAGAUGGAUUUUGUAAUUUAUGAUUGUACAAUGGUAAAUUUUUGAGAUUUUAUCAUUUGUAUCUUUUAUGGAAGCAAGACAACUUUCGUCCAGGGGCGACUUGGAGACUUUUCCCAAGAAAAUAGAGUGGGAGAGUUGGGUGAAUAAGGGUGCUAUGAUAUAGUAAUAUUUUGAAAAUAAUGGGAUAUUUUCGGAUAUGAUGAUUUGUUGUUUGUAUGCGUGUGAUAGAUUUCUUAUUUAGUGGGAUUAUGAAUGUUUUUCUUUUUUACGUAAGAUAGUAGUAGUAUUGUAAAGAUGUAAGCUCUGUGGUUAAAUGUUUUAAGUCUCAUGGCCACUUUAUGAAGAAAAAAAGAAAAAAAAGUCUUGAAGGUUUUAUGUAGGUCUUUCCUAAGUUAUUUUUAUGUUUUCUCUUUCAGUUGUGUAGUCUUAGGAGAGCACAUGAAGCUCUGUUUAAAUAUUGUUUAGCUAUUGUAUAUUCUGAGGAAACGUGGCAAAAUAUUUCUACUUCCAAGACCACAUAUUAAUACUUAAUUGUUUUCAUUUAGGUAAGCACAGUUUCUAGCAUUUCAACUGCUAGGCAAUCACUCAUUGUUUAAUUUUUCUCCUGUUUUUGUUUUUCUCUGAUUUUUUUUUCCUGAGCACUUGUACAUGAGCCAUUUACCCAUCAUCUACAUAUGUUCUUUAAACCACAUUGCAUUUAUAAAACAUUGUUGCUCUCUUUUUUUCCUCAAAUCCA